CAGCAGCGAAGCUCUCAGCUGCUCGCAGUCCUGCUCAGUCCUGCGCUGGUGACGCCGAACUGGCGGCUGCUACUACGAGAAACCUUUGUGAUUUUUUUUUUUUUUUUUUUAAAAUGUGUGUCUGAUUUUCCCUUGUUGAAGAUGACCUAACUUCGAAAGAGCCUCUGCUGGCCAGGCAUCGGCUGAAGUGUGAGAAACACCCUCCUACCUCCAGUACCACCACCACCAUCAUCUUCAGCACUUCAGGGCUCCUUUGCAGAUGGGAGGUCACCAACCGGUCGCCCGUUUCGCCCAAAUGCACUAUCUGCCCUCCAUUCUUAUCUAAGAUGGCUGCCCGUGGCCUUCUUCUGCACCCAAACAGACUGGAGCAGAGCUGCGUGCUACCAUGGUGAUCAUUUUAUCGAAAACACUGGAAAAGAAGAAGGGUGUCAAUGAUGUAAGGUCCAAGAACAUCGAGAGACGGCUGCGUGAGCUCCACACCAUGAGCAGAGGGACCACCCUCUUCUCCUGUGGGACUGUGGAGGCAGAUAGGUGGCUGGACCUAGGGCGAAGCUGUGCCAUCCAGCAGAGAGCUCCCUGCCAGUCUGGUGCCAGUCUGGAGAGGCUGUGGGAUGCAAUGCCUGAGCCGGGGAGCCGGCACUGGGCCAAGGAGCCUGGCGGCACCGCAGCAAUCACCAGUCUGAUAAGAGAUCUCAGCCUCAGCAAUGGCAGCAUGACCAGCACCCACUCCCACCCCACAUCCACCACUGCACACUACAUCACUACAGCCACCAGCCAAGCUCCUACGGCACCCCCGAGCAAACGUCAGUGUCGCUCCCUGUCGUUCUCUGAUGAAUCCAGUGGGAUCCGACCAUCUUGGAGGCCCCAAGGCUCCCGAGUGUGGACAACAGUGGAGAAACGAAGGUGCCACAGUGGGGGAAGUGUUCGAGGAGGAGGGGGGUUCUCUGGUGGCCAUUUUCCCACCAUGCAACGUAGCUCCAGCUUCAGUUUGCCCUCGCGCACCAGCAUCCCUUCAGAUGGAGCCCUGGACUUGCCUUUCUUCAACCAGCGACUGCCUCUCCACCCUCAGUUCACUGCCUCUCCAGUCUCCCCUACCUCUCCCUCCUCGCAUCAUCACCACUCCCGCCAUCACCACUUCCUCAGGCCUCUCUCCCUCUCCCACGAGCAGAUCAGCCUGCCAGAGCUCCAGAGGGAAGAGGCGUCGGAGGCCAGCUCUCCAGACUCCACCCCAGAACUGGGGAGGCGAGCUGGCCAGAGAGCCGGUGGCAAAGGGUGCCUGUCUCGGAGCAGGUCCCAGCCCUGCGUGCUAAACGACAAAAAGAUUGGUAUGAAGCGCAGGAGACCAGAAGAUGCCCAGGAGCAGCGGCCCUCCCUGGACCUGGCAAAGAUGACUCAGAAACGUCAGACUUUUCAGAGCUUGAGCUGCCCCGGAUUCUCAGCCACUGACAGCUGCCAAUCAAGCCUGCCGCCGCCCUCCUGUGAGACCUCCAGCCAGCCAGAUUCAGACUUCACCGCUGUGUCUGAGCUGGGACUGGAGUCACGGCAGAAAGGGGCAGGAGAUGAUGAGGAGGAGGAUUCCUCCUACGAAGAGCUUGAUAGCGAUUCAGCUUGUAGCGUGGACUCGCGGCCCGGGUCUCCUGUUGGCAUCAUGGGCGGUAAACACACCCUCUGGAAGGGUGAUUGUGGGACACAGAUGGACAUUUUCCAGCUGGGGGAAGAGCUUGAUCUUGACCAGAUUGAAAGAAACUGAACAUUUUAUAGGAUAUUUUAGAAGACUGUGUCUGGAGUGUUGUAAAAGGUUAAUGGACAUUGAUGAUGUACCAAAAGAUGGUGAUUAAGACGUGCUAUGAGAAACAGAGCGGAGGAGUUUUCUGAAAGGGAAAGACGAAGAAAGAUGAGGGAAGUGAUAAAGAUGAUAAAGGAUUAAGUAUGUUGGCUUCUUAAUGACACAUUUGCCUUGAACAUUCUUACUGUUUGAAUCAAAAAGCAGUGACCUUAGGUGUUUUUUUUUCUUGUGGGGUAUACAGCUUAACUCAGGAGUGGGAAAGUGAGGGUUAGUCUUAAGUAAACCUCCCAGCCCCCACUGUCUUUUCAACCUGAUGACCUUUCCAAAGUCAGCUAACCUUAGCUUUGUAGUACUGUAGCAGUAGCUGGGCUCUCCUGUAUUUAGCUCAAGUUUGUUUUUCAGAGAAAGUAGGGGAAGGAUGGGGUGAAACAGAGAGGGGUAAACAACAGGAAGAGGUAUCUUCUCACAGACUUGCCCUUGACCUUCUUCUGCAUCUUUUGUGCACACAUAAAAAAAAUCAAGGUUUUUUUUUUUUUUUUUUGCUGAAUGUAGACUCAAUAAGCUUUAUGAGGAGUAUGAAAAACAACAGUGCCUUUUUUUGGAUGCUUGCUCUCCCACUUCUCUUCAAGAAACUAGCCUCAAUCGAAGCCACCAUUUCUGACCUUUUUUGUAGUUUCUUAAUAUGCAAAUUGUAUAUUUGAAUUAAACACUGAAUCUCACAUUUUCAGUUCUAAUAACAAUGUAUAUUUUUCUAAAUAACUGUUUUUUAUGAGCUGUUUUUGACGGAGCAAGAAUGCGAGGCCUUUCUUCUAACAGAAUGGACAUGAAAUAAAUUUACAGCCUGCA